AUGAGAACAAUCGCUCCCACCGCCCGAAUCCUCUACGUCGGCCUCGACCCCGCCGGCGAAGAGUGUUUCCGCCAGUUAAUCGCCGCUGGAGCCAAACAAUUCACCAUCCUCAACGACAAGAUCCUCGACGAGGCAGAUGUGGCGAGAAACCCCUGGCUCUCGGCGGGGGUGGGGGAGCCAGUAGCCAAGGGAAUCGCGGGACAUCUGGCAAAAUACGAUGUCACGGUUGAAACCCGCGUCGAGAACCCCCUCCUCACAGAAGAUGUCCUCUCUUUCUCACUCGCCAUCACCAUGAACGCACCCCGGGAGGUGGAAGUGUUCCUUGGAAAGAUUCUAUACGAGGCACCCCCCCGCGCCCUGAUCAUCUCUCGCUGCGAUGGCUUCAACGUCAAGAUGCGCAGUCAAUAUCGUUCCCACAAGAACCUUGAUGAUUCGACCGUCAUUGAGGGCAUCGAUCUAGUCCCCCAUCCGGAAGACGCCACUCCAGAGAAAUGCGAAAGAGUCUCCGCUCUUCUGAAAGAACAGUUUGACCUCUCCUCUCCAUCCUUCCAAUCUGGCGCCGCCCUCCUCUACGCGGCGGGAGCGGUCUUCGCCUCCGUCAAGGGAUACCAGCCUGCUCAUCGGCCCGGGGCUGUCACCCUGCCCGGCCAUGAGGGAGAGGUCAUCGCCUUGAUUGAGAGUAUCAAGGCGGAGAAAGGGUUGACUGUGUCUGUUGACGAGGAGGAUGUCAGAUCAUGCCUCGCAAACGGCUUCACUGGAGUCCCCUUUACGGCGACGUUGAUGGGCGGGAUGAUUGCCGGCGAGGGCAUCACUCUCCUCUCCAGUCGGGGGAAGCCUAUCAAUGUCGCCAUUGCGGAUCUACUGGCGAGGUGUGCGCUGGGGAUCCCGGCGUCUACUGUAUAA